AUGGAGAACUUGGAAAAGCAGCUGAUUUGUCCCAUAUGCUUGGAAAUGUUUACAAAGCCCGUGGUGAUCCUACCCUGCCAGCACAACCUUUGUAGAAAGUGUGCCAAUGAUGUUUUUCAGGCUGCAAACCCCUAUCUUCCUACCAGAAGUAGCUCAUUGACGUCCGGUGGCCGUUUCCGAUGCCCGUCCUGCAGACACGAGGUGGUCCUGGACAGGCAUGGCGUCUACGGCCUGCAGAGGAACCUCCUGGUUGAGAAUAUCAUUGAUAUGUUCAAACAGGGGUCGAGUAGCAGCAGCAGGCCAACACCAGAGAAGAAGGAAGAAACGCCCAUGUGUGACGUUCACGGGGAGGAAAAGAUCAAAAUUUACUGUGUAACCCACGGCGUACCCACGUGUUCAAUGUGUAAGGUUUUCGGGGCCCACAAAGACUGCGAGGUGGCACCUCUCGGCAGCGUCUACCAGACAAAGAAGACCGAACUGAGUGACGGGAUCGCCAUGAUGGUUGGGAACCACGACAGGAUCCAAGGCAUCAUAAGUCAGCUAGAGGAAGCUUGUCGUGUCGUAGAGGAGAACGGUCAGAGGCAGAAGACCAAGGUGUGUGAAAAGUUUGAUCAGCUCUACUCCAUGCUGGAGGAGAAGAAGAAGGAGAUGAGUCAGAAGGUGACGGCAGAGCAGGAAGAGAAGGUGAAUUACAUACAGAGCCUGACAAAGAAGUACGGAGACCAUCUUGAGGAGAGCUGCAAGAUUGUGGAGAGAGGCUUUCAAACUAUGGAAGAGACAGAAAUGGCUCUUUUCCUACAGGUUGCAAAAGAUCUUAUAAAAAAGAUUGGAGAGGCAUCCAGUACAACACAUUUGGAUAAAGUUGAGAGCGGUUAUGAGAAAAUGGAUCACUACAAAGUUGACUUCAGAAGAGAACGCAAGGCUCUAAGCAGCAUCGACUUUAUCGGAGAUGAUGAUGACGAGGAUGAAGAGGAAGUAGCCGCAGAGGGGGGAGAGGGUGCACGGACUGUUUCUGGAGGGGCUGCAGGUUCAGCCACUUCUGCUCAGCCUAACGCCCCCGUGCAAAUUACCUCAUCCCUGAUCCCAGCAGGGAGCACUGCUUCAAGCUAACUCCCAUCUAUCCAAGCAGCAUCUUAACUAAGUGCUGAAAAGCUGCCUCUCAUCAGUGCUGAUUUCUGAUCAAUUCUGACUCUUUGUCAAAUCAAAACGGGAAAAGAAAGCGUGAGAAAUUUUCAAUCCAUGCGAGACGAAGUCUCUGAUUUGAAGAGAGGCAGGACUAGAGGAGGAGGAAGACAACAGUCAUACAAAUUAGUCUUAUUUAUUUUCAUCAUGUUAAUAUAUUUCAUUUUUCCUACUUUGACAGAUUUUUGAUAGUCAAUCUGUUGCUUUUUGCUUUAACUAAUGCUGCUGACCUUAAAUAAAUCACUGCUUAAUAAUGAGAAAGCAGCAGAAAAGGGA